AAGAAUUGAAAUAGGUGCGGCAACUGCAGGUUACUGCGCAGCGUGCUGAAUAAGGACAAGCACGAUCAUUGUUAGUUUUUGUGUGCACCGUGGGGCGCCUGAUCCUGCGCCUGACGGGAGCCUUUUCUCGUUUGGGUGCGUCAGAGGAAUUUCAGGGGCGCAGUCGCUGGCCCUGGGCAGCUAAAAUCUGGAUGUAGGCCGCGGCUAGAAAGCUCCAGGAUGGGACGCAUGAACGUGGCAGUGAGUCUUGCAUGUGCGGUCUGUCUAGGCCUAUUUGCCUCUGUCAGCGGUCAGUGCCUGCUCGGCUUGGACGUUGAGCCCGCAAAGAGCACUCUUACUGCCGGAGGAGAACUUUUACAGCCUCUGCAAGCUCCGAUAUUGGUCAAUAGCAGCCAGCAAUUAAGCCUCGCUGGGAAGCUUUUUUUGUCAUUUCCCAGCGAAGCUUGCCCCACGACGCCUUCGGCGUUUGCUAAUGCGCUACCGGGAGCAAAACUGGUCACACCUGCAGAUGCAGAUCCAGUACGAAUGCAGCCAGACUCCUUCCAGGCACAGAUCGGAGAAGCAGCACUGGCUGAGGUGACCUUUUACGGCAUCGAGUUCAACCUGACGUCUCCGCCGCUCCCUCCUUUACCAGCGACACCGGCCAAUGGAGCCUACGGGACCACGCUGUUCUCCCAAGUCGUGAACGGAAGUUCCAGUGUUGCAACGUCCCUGCCCAUUGCGGGUGCAGAUGGAGGAGGAGGGUCCUCGGGCACCUCAGGCGUCAGGUUGACGUUUUCGAACUUCAACUUCACCUUUGUCUCGCAAUUUGAGACCCUUGGGCUGCAAGGCGAGGCUGCAUACUACUUUGCAGGCAAUGUGCAGGGCUCGGCGAUCCUGGGCUGCUCACGCGGCUGUGGAGUGCACGGCAGCUGCACGGCCCAGAAGACUUGCUCAUGUGCUUGUGGUUAUGGAGGCGAUGACUGCAGCCAGGUCGUCCAGGCCAACUGCCCGGGGGCUGCCAGGAAGCCGGUGGCUGCAUCGAGUUUGGCGCCCGCACCAGCUCCAGCAAAGGCUGCCGUGCGAGCUUCGCCGCCUGCCAAAGCGCCCGCCGCUGCUGCAGCCGCUGGAAGCACCCAAUACACGGGCACUGCUGCCAAUCAGGAGUCAGUGCCAAUCCUGUCGGGUGGCGGGGCUUCUGCUGCGCCGCAGCAGUCGACGGCCGACGCGGUGCAGCAGAGCGUGUCCACCGGCACCGGCGGCGGCGCUCUGGGCGUCCUGGCCGGCAACGCCUUCGGCCCCUCCAAAGACCUGGACCCCAAGAGCAGCAUAGCGGUGUGCAAGAAUGGGGCGACGCCUGCGUGCGACAGCUGCAAACAGGGAUGGCAGGGCGCCAACUGCGAUGCUUGCGUGGCUGACCAAGUCUGCAAGGCCAGCCUGGGCGACGCCGCUGCUACCUGCAACACCGGCUUCCAGUUCACGGAGCGGACGCUGUACAAGUCAUACGUGUGCGACUUCAGCCAGACGGUGCUGUCAGGGCUGCUGACUCCGCAGCGCGGCUACUGGAUUGACUGCAACACCACGCAGGUCCGCAACAACGCAGGAGACGAGGGCGGCUACUGCCGCCUGGGCUUGCGCCUCCAGGCGUACCCGGACAACCCCAUCCAGUGCACAGCGUCGGCGUGCCAGUUCCAGGAGGGCUCCUCCAAGAUCCAGUGCAAGACGUCCCAGUGCGCCUGCCCCCAGGGGGCCUGCCCGGACAUCGCCGCGGCGUACAUCGACCAAAUCCAGGGCAAGGAGAUCACCGCGGACUGCAAUGACGCCUCGGGUGUCUGCAAUAUUGCCAUCCAAGACUUCCCCAUCCAGCUCGAGACGCCCUGCAAGGCGGGCGACUGCGUGUCUGAGAAGAACCCCGUCCUCAACUCAGGCACCUUCAAAAGUACGGUGCACCGUGACUACUCAUCAGUCAUCGCGGCCAUCCCCAUCAUGGCACUGCUUGCGCUCUGCGGCAUGGCGGCAGUUGUCACGCUUUUUGCAACCGCCUUCCGCUCCGCCAAGGGCCCCAGCGGCGCCGCGUCGGCCGUCUUCGUGCCGGCCGGCAAGGACCGUGUUUCGCGCGCUCCCGCCCACCCCAUUCACGUUCUCAGGUUUGAGCAUGUGAGCUGCUCGGUGCCCGGCUCGCGCUUCAACCGGGCCCACUGGGCAAACGCAGUGCAAUAUGGCAAGCCGGCCGGCCACGGCCGCCCGCUCGCCAAUGGACAGGACAGAAGCAUUGCUAUGGCAAAUGGAAUGGAGAAUGGCACGAAUGGGUACUACAAGCAUGGUGAGAAUGGAGUGCAUCAGAAUGGCAAAGGAGAGACAAGGAUCCACCUGCCUGGCCAGGUGAGGGUGGGCGCGACAAAUGAUGACUCGUCAUCGGAGGGUGCCGGCCCGACCCGGGGCCCGAAGCGGCAUUGCGGGUUAAAGACAGCGGUGUGCGACCGGUUGUGCGGGCGGCGGGCGCAGGUGAACAUUCUGGACAACGCGACUGGGCAGGCCAAGAUGGGCGAGCUGGUCGGCGUCCUUGGACCCUCAGGGUGCGGCAAGACGACGCUGCUGAGUGUGCUGGCAGGCAGCGUGAGCUCGCUGUCGGCCAGCAGCAGGGUGUAUGGGCAGGUCACGCUGGAUGGGCAGCCGCGCCGCAGCUGGGCCAGCCGCCUGGUGGCCUACGUGCCCCAGUUUGACUUCCUGCUGCCCACGCUCACCGUCGCCGAAACGCUGCGUUACUCCGCCCAGCUGCGCCUGCCGCGCUCCGCCACCGCCGCCGAGGUCAAGGCGAGGGUGGAGGGCGUGCUGUAUGAGCUGGGCCUGGAGCACGUGGCGGGCAGCCAGGUGGGCGGCAGCAGCGGCAUCCGCGGCAUCUCCGGCGGUGAACGGCGGCGUGUGACCAUCGGCAUGGAGCUGGUCAUCGACCCCUCCAUCCUCAUCCUGGACGAGCCCACCUCCGGCCUCGACUCCUACACCGCCGUCAACCUCAUGACCACCCUCAAACAGGUGGCGCAGGCGGGACGCGUAGUGAUGCUGUCGUUCCACCAGCCGUCGCCAGCCAUGUACGAGCUGCUGGACCGCGUGUUCCUCAUGGCGCGCGGCCACAUGGUCUACAGCGGAGAGCCAGCCGCGGCCUACGGCCACUUUGAGCGUGCGGGGCUGCCCUGCCCCGGGCACACCGCCAUCGCAGAGCACAUGCUCACCUCCGUCUCCGACCCGGCCAUGCUCCACACGCUCAUGGCGCACGUCGACUCGCACGGGCCCCAUGCUGGCAUUGCAGCGGCGGAGUUCACCGAGCUGCCCACCAGCACGCUGCCCGGCGACGAGAAGGAUGAAAGCUUCACGCAGGCUUUAGCGCACAAGAAGCCGCCGCGCGCGCCGCUGGCACGUGAGCUGGCGGUGCUGUUCUGGCGCACGCUGACGGAGAUUAUUCGCAACCCCACGCUCCUGGCCAUGCACUGCGCCAUGGCCCUCGUCAUGGGCCUCCUCUGCGGCGGCAUCUUCUACCACAUCGGCAACGACAUCGCCGGCGCCCAAAACCGCCUCGGGGCGGUGUUCUUCUCGCUGGUGUUCCUGGCGCUGACGUCACUGACGACGGUGGACUUGCUGGUCAACGAGCGCGGCCUCGUGGUCAAGGAGUGCCUGGGCGGCUACUACCGCCCCUUCUCCUACUACCUCUCCAAGGCCACGCUGGAUGGGCUGCUGCUGCGCGUGCUGCCGGCAGUGAUCUACUCGAUCCCCUUCUAUCCCAUGAUCGGCUUCCAGCCGGAUGCCAGCCACGUGGCACUCUUCUUCUGCGUGCUGGCCGUCUUCUCUGCCACCGUCGGCGCCCUCUCCAUGGCCAUCACAGUCGGCUUUGGCACCGCCGGCAAGGCCGCCCUCAUCAUGAACCUGGUGCUGCUGCUGAGCCUGCUGUUCACGGGCUACCUGGUGAACAUCGCGGCGGUGACGCCCGUGCUGCAGUGGGUGCACUACCUCUCCGUCUUCUUCUUUGGCUUCGAGUCCCUCAUCGUCAACGAAAUGUCCGGCAUCAACCUGCUCUUUGCGGCGCAGGGCGUGUCGGUGACGAUAACUGGCGACCUCUUCCUGCAGCUCAUCAGCGUCAACACCAGCGUGCUCGUGCGCGACGUCCUCGUGCUGGACGCCUACUUCUUCUUCUUUGUCCUCUGCGGUGUCGCCCUCCUGUACCUCACCCUCCCCAAGCCCAUGGUCGUUCGCCGCCCCAGGAGUAUCAAGGGGCCGUCAUUCCCCAGCUCCCAGUCUGACAGCGCCUUCCCACACUCCAGCUCCACCAACUCGCUCAGCAACGGAGUGCUGGCAUUGGAGCAGCGCCGAGCGGAAGUGCCUUCCCGGCAACCACUCACAACCUACUGAGGCAGCAUGCACGCCAGCACACAUGCACAACGAAUGGCCUACAUUCAGAGAAGUUAUGCUAAUGUCAGCAUGACAGGGCAUGCGGCGGCUGGGCGCGCCACGUUGUGCCGGCUCUAAUAUGGCCGAUUUUGUUCGGCCACAUCCUCUGAAGCAUGGUUUGUGCUCAAGAGGGGUGUGUUCGGUAGUUUGUUUCUUCUUUGCACUUUGUGGCGCGACGCCCACUAGGAGAUCUUUGUCAAGAUUAUGUCAACAGCAGCGGAAUUCCUUACUUGUUUUCGUCAUUCAGGAUUCACGAGCUUAGGCACAGGAUGCUAUCAAAGUCGAGCGGUUUCGUAUUUGUUGUGAGCACAACUGGCCGAAUAAUUGGCACCGACACACUAGAGAUGUACGGGGCAGAACAGGCACAUUUCAUUUUGGGGUGUGAUCUGGUGCAUUCUUUGCUGCGGAUUGCGGCACGGUUGUAUCUGUUGGGAAGGCGGACAUGAACUCAAGACGAAGUAUUCAGCUUAUUGAUUUUCUCGUUCAUGUCGAGCAGCCUAAUGUCAUAUUAAUACACUUGAAACUUCUGUCUGUAAACUCAGUCACAGGAAUG